CUCAGUUCACUACACGCACACAGAUCUUUGUGUCUGAAAAUCCCCAUAAAUUGUGAAGUCACACAGACAAAGAUUUUGCACCUCUCUCUCUCUCUCUCUCCCUCUCUUUCUUUCUCUGUGCGCCUCCCUGCUUUUCAAAUUAAAGAGGGAAAGGUCAAAUACGCCGAUCAAAUAGACAACAAUGGAGGACUCUUCUCAUCAAACCCAACUAAAUGUUCAUCAACCCACACGUACAAGGCGAAAGGGUGGCCUCGUUACCAUGCCUUUCAUCAUAGCAAAUGAAGCGUUUGAGAAGGUAGCAAGUUACGGUUUGGUACCAAAUAUGAUUCUGUAUUUAAUGAAAGAUUACAAGCUCGGAGUAGCCAAAGGAACCAAUAUCAUCUUCUUCUGGUCAGCUGCUACAAAUUUCAUGCCUCUUCUCGGUGCUUUCCUCUCUGAUUCUUACCUGGGUCGGUUCUCCACCAUUGCCUUCGCUUCUUUCUCCAGUUUCUCGGGGAUGUUACUGCUGUGGUUAACAGCAAUGAUACCAGCAGCCAAGCCUCCACCAUGUGAUCUUUCAUCAGGAAACUGCAAAUCUCCAACACCAUCUCAAAUGAGUCUUUUGAUCUUCUCAUUCAUUCUCAUCUCUAUAGGCUCAGGUGGCAUCAGACCUUGCUCAUUAGCAUUUGGUGCUGAUCAAUUGGACAACAAACAUAAUCCCAAAAACCAGAGAGUCUUAGAGAGUUUCUUCGGUUGGUAUUAUGCUUCUGCAUCAGUCUCGGUCCUUAUUGCUUUCACCGGCAUCGUUUAUAUCCAAGAUCAUCUUGGAUGGAAAGUGGGAUUUGGAGUUCCUGCAAUUCUAAUGAUCCUUGCUACUCUCUUGUUUAUUCUCGCCUCGCGUUUGUACGUCAAGCGUCCUCCAAACAAGAGCUUGUUCACUGGCCUUGCACAAGUGGUUGUCGCUGCAUAUAGAAAUAGACACCUUUCUUUCCCUAAUGAGCAGGACUCAAGAGGGUCUUAUCAUAACAAGAAGGACUCUCAACUCUUAGCACCAACACAAAAAUUAAGGUUUUUGAACAAAGGUUGCAUAACAAGGAAUCCUGAACAAGACAUUUCCCCGGAUGGAUCGGCUAGGAACCCUUGGCGGCUUUGCACAAUAGAGCAAGUAGAAGAGCUCAAGGCUCUCAUCAAAGUCCUACCAAUAUGGUCUACAGGGAUUGUGAUGUCAAUCAAUGUAAGCCAAAGCUCAUUCCAAUUGCUGCAGGCGAAUUCCAUGAACAGACACAUUGGUUCAAGCUUCCAAAUCCCAGCAGGCUCUUUUGGUAUGUUCACAAUUAUUGCUCUAGCUCUCUGGGUUGUACUUUACGACCGUGUCAUCCUCCCAUUGGCAUCGAAAAUCAGAGGCAAACCAGUGAAGAUUGCUGUCAAAUUAAGGCUGGGAAUGGGACUGUUUGUCUCCUGCAUGGCUAUGGUAAUUUCAGCAAUGGUAGAGAGUUUCAGGCGAAGGAAAGCAAUUCACCAAGGACUUGCAGAAAAUUCUCAAGCAGUAGUUGGCAUGUCUGCGAUGUGGCUGGUGCCACAAUAUGUAUUGCACGGCUUAGCAGAAGCAUUAACCGGAAUAGGCCAAACCGAAUUUUUCUACUCAGAGUUCCCAAAAAGCAUUUCAAGCAUCGCUGGGGCAUUGUUCGGACUGGGAAUGGCAGUGGCAAACUUAUUAGCAAGUCUUAUAGUGAGCAUUGUGGAUGAUGUUACUUCAAAAGGGGGUAAAGAGAGCUGGGUUUCAGAUAACAUUAACAAGGGUCACUAUGAUUACUACUACUGGCUUCUUGCUCUACUGAGUUUCCUCAAUGUGCUCUAUUUCCUGCUCUGCAGCUGGGCUUAUGGUCCUGCUGUGGAUGAACUGAGGAAUAUUAGGGUUGCAGACAAUGGGUUGAUGAAAGAGGAAGCAGAGUUAUCUGAUGUAAGUAAAGGCUUGGAGGAGAAAGAUGAAGAUCACAAAGUUAAUAUUUGAUUAAUCUCUUGCUAAAAGUUACCAUCACAAAAUUGUGUUUUUACAGUCCUUUUGUUAUUUGAUUGUUUGAUGAAGUGAAUGCAAAGAUAGCAGCUACAACCAUGGGGUGGUGAUAGUGAUCAGUUAGGUCUUUAUAUAUAAUAUCAAAGUUAUAUAUUUCCUGUAUUACUUUUACUUGUGUGAAUCUAUUCUAUACAACUGUGUAUUUACUCCAUUCUUUUAGUCUUUCCGUACAUUAUACCUUUGUUUUUUUGAAAUGUUAUGUAAUGGAUUUAUAGUUGAAGAAGUA